UGAGACCAAGUGAGAGAGACCAAGUAAGAGAGAGUGAGGCGGAAGAGAAAAAGAAAGAAACAACUGAUAAAGAAAGAGGAAAUAAAAAGAAUAAACGUAAGGAGGAAAGGACACAUCUAAUAUAAUCGAAAGAGAACAGUGUAUUCUUGUUAGAAGUUUCGAAGCUCAGUUACCAUGGAUGUUGUUGUUGAUUCGGCAAAGCUCUGGUUGAACGAGUUCCUCCCCUACUGGCGAAGGGCUGAGGGGACCUUGGCAGUCGUCGGGUUUUGUUACGCCGGCUCAGUCGCUAUCAGCUUGCUAUGGCAGGUCACGAAUGGGGUCAGAGUUCAUUUCUGGUCGCGACUCUGGAAGAAAGACUUGGUAGGGAAGUACGGGAAAUGGGCAGUUGUCACAGGGUCGACCGACGGCAUUGGGAAAAGCUACGCCAAGGAACUCGCAAGUAAAGGCAUGAACAUACUGCUGGUUUCCCGGACAAAGGCAAAGCUGGAGAGAGUUGCACAGGAGAUAACUUCAAAAUAUGGCGUCGAAACAGAUAUAGCACAGGCUGACUUCUCGGAAGGUCGAUCAGUUUAUGGUAACAUUGCUGAACAUCUGAAGGGAAAAGAUAUUGGGAUCCUAGUAAAUAACGUCGGUAUGCUCGUUACCCCCCGUCUCUUCUGUGAAAUAUCAGAGGACGACAUUUGGGCCUAUGCCAGUGUGAACGUGGCCUCUGUGCCCGCCAUGAUAAGGCUCGUACUCCCCACCAUGCUUGAGCGCGGCAAAGGGGCCAUUAUCAAUGUAUCGUCCAUUGGCGCCUACGUCCCUUUGCCUUACAUGCAGAUAUACACAGCAACGAAGUCAUUUGUCAGCAGCUUCACUCGUGCCCUGCAAGUGGAGUACCGUUCAUCGGGCGUUACUAUACAGUGCAUCGAACCAGGGGCCGUGUCUACUAACAUGACCAAGUUUGAAGAGAGUUUCCACCAGCCAGCCCUUAAUGUUCCAACGCCCGAUGGCUUUGCUGCAAAUGCCGUUGCAACACUGGGGUACUCCGACCACACCACGGGCUAUUGGCCGCACAGCAUCCAGCUAUUUACCAUGCUCGCUUCUCCUCAGUGGUUAGUUACGAGAGAAUUUGUGAAAGUCUUUGAAGAUUUGCAGAAGAAAAAAAUGAAGGAAAACUAAAGGAGACGAAGGAAGACUUGAUAUAGAAAAAUGAUGGGGAGGAAGAGGAGAGAGAA